AUGAACGCCGCUGCAGCAGCAAGAGCGUCCAUCAUCCGGACUUCGAUGGUCCCGAUCCCCGCCGGCCUCGCCUACAGCAACGAUGUCGAAUCCAUCCAGAGGCCGCCGCCAACGCAGGGCAUGCAGGGCCGGGACGUGGGCCCCAGGAGGCGAGCGGUAGAGAACCCAUCGGACGACGUCAGCCCCGAGGAGCGGCGGCGCGUGAUCCAGGUGCUCGACUACCUCGAAUACAAGGCGCGAUGCGACUACGAGCGCCAGCAGCAGCAUCAGCAACAGCAGCCGUCGUCGGGGCAAAAGUCGGGCUUCUACACGGCCGGGCCCAACGACAGCGUCGACUCGCUCAACAAGCCCCCGCCCGACGUGGUCAUCGAGGUCGACGCCUCCAGCCGCGGCAGGAUCGUGCGCAUGUUCACCGUCUUCCCCUACCGGGACAUGAGCUGGGUCGUCGCCUUCGGCUUCGUCCUGGGCAGCAUCGUCUUCAUGGUCAACGCCGUGCUCGGCGUCCUGCCCGUCAUCGACCCGGCCCUCGCUUUCCCGACCCUCACGACCGUCGCCCUGCCCGCCACCAUCCUGCUCGGCGCCGUCUUGUUCCUGGUGUCCGGGUGCCUGGGCAUCGUCUCCGCCUUCAACGCCGACCGCGGCACCGUCGAGGUCCCCAUCAAGGGGGCCAUGAGCGGCGCCAACUACCGCCCGGCACUCAUCGGGUCCGAAAGCUGGGUCUGGAUCCCCUCGGCCGCCAUCUUCGCCAAGGUCGCCCAGACCCUCCCCUUCCAGGCCGGCGCCUUCCAGCUCACCGGCGGCAUGAUCCUGUCCGUCUCGGCCUUCGCCGGCCUGCCGGGCCUGCUGAACCCGGAGGAGAACCUGACCCUCUUCCAGGCGCUGGUCUUCUUGCCCCAGGUCAUCGGCGGCUCCAUGUUCACGCUCGCCAACGUCGCCCUCACCAUGUUUGUGCAGGACAGGUGGUACAAGCCCAAGCCGUCGUCGGCCGACUGGCAGGGAGGGUUCUGGAACGCCGUCGGCUCCUCGGGCUUCGCCAUCACCGGCGUCUUGUUGCUGCUGGGGGAUUCGAACGGCGCGGCAUGGACCAGUCUCUACGGGAGCGCUGCUUUUUUGAUGGGCAGCGUCAUUCAGCUGUACGCACUCAUGGAGUUUCACCCCACGCCCUGGGCUGCUUAG